AUGAGUGUGGAUGUGCACAGUGUGGCCGACAGGGAGGGCUCAGGCACAGCUGGGCAGGGUCAAGGUAUUCAGGAAGGAACCCAGUGUACCAAAUGUAAAAAUAACUGGGCACUGAAGUUUUCAAUCAUAUUAUUAUACAUUUUGUGUGCCUUGCUAACCAUCACAGUAGCCAUUUUGGGGUAUAAAGUUGUUGAGAAAAUGGACAACGUCACAGGUGGCAUGGAGACAUCUCGUCAGACUUACAAUGACAAGCUCACUGCAGUGGAAAGUGACCUGAAAAGAUUAGGGGACCAAACUGGGAAGAAAGCUAUAAGCACCAACUCAGAACUUUCUACCUUCAGAUCAGAUAUUCUAGAUCUCCGUCAACAACUUCAGGAGAUCACAGAAAAAACUAGCAAGAACAAAGAUACACUGGAAAAGUUACAGGCAAGUGGGGAUUCAUUGGUGGACAAGCAGAGUCAACUGAAAGAAACUCUGCAGAAUAAUUCUUUCCUCAUCAUGACUGUCAACAAAACCCUCCAGGCAUAUAAUGGCUAUGUCACAAAUCUGCAACAAGAUACCAGUGUGCUCCAAGGCAAUCUGCAGAACCAAAUGUAUUCACAGAACAUGGUUAUCAUGAACCUCAACAACCUGAACCUGACCCAGGUGCAGCAGAGGGACCUUAUCACCAAUCUGCAGCGGUCUAUGGAUGACACAAGUCAGGCCAUCCAGCAAAUUAAGAAUGACUUCCAAAAUCUGCAGCAAGUUUUCUUUCAAGCCAAGAAGGACACUGAUUGGCUAAAGGAGAAAGUACAGAGCUUGCAGACAUUGGCUGCCAACAACUCUGCCCUGGCCAAAGCCAACAAUGACACCCUGGAGGAUAUGAAUAGCCAGCUCAGCUCGUUCACAGGUCAAAUGGACAACAUCACCACUAUCUCACAGGCCAAUGAGCAGAGCCUGAAAGACCUUCAGGACUUACACAAGGAUGCAGAGAACAGGACAGCCAUCAAGUUCAGCCAACUAGAGGAACGCUUCCAGGUCUUUGAGACAGAUAUUGUGAACAUCAUUAGCAAUAUCAGCUACACAGCUCAUCACCUGCGGACGCUGACCAGCAACCUGAAUGAAGUCAGGACCACUUGCACAGAUACCCUGACCAGACACACUGACGACCUGACCUCCUUGAAUAACACACUGGUCAAUAUCCGUUUGGAUUCGGUUUCUCUCAGGAUGCAGCAAGACAUGAUGAGGUCAAGGUUAGACACUGAAGUGGCCAACUUAUCAGUCAUUAUGGAGGAGAUGAAACUGGUUGACUCAAAGCAUGGUCAGCUCAUCAAGAAUUUUACCAUUCUGCAAGGUCCUCCUGGCCCCAGGGGUCCAAAAGGUGACAGAGGAUCUCAGGGACUACCUGGUCCAACUGGCAACAAGGGACAGAAAGGAGAGAAGGGAGAGCCUGGUCCACCUGGCUCUGUGGGUGAGAGAGGCCCAAUUGGACCAGUAGGCCCUCCUGGAGAGCGUGGCAGCAAAGGAUCCAAAGGCUCACAGGGCCCCAAAGGAUCCCGUGGGUCCCCAGGGAAGCCUGGCCCUCAAGGGCCUAAUGGGGACCCAGGUCCACCAGGCCCACCAGGCAAGGAUGGACUCCCCGGCCCUCAGGGCCCUCCUGGCUUCCAGGGACUGCAGGGUACUAUGGGGGAGCCUGGAGUACCUGGACCUCGGGGACUACCAGGCUUGCCAGGGGUACCAGGCAUGCCUGGGCCCAAGGGGCCACCUGGCCCCCCAGGCCCCUCAGGAGCAAUGGAGCCCUUGGCUCUGCAGAAUGAGCCAACCCCAGCAUCAGAGACCAAUGGCUGUCCACCUCACUGGAAGAACUUCACAGACAAAUGCUACUAUUUUUCGGUGGAGAAAGAUAUUUUUGAGGAUGCUAAGCUUUUCUGUGAAGAUAAGACAUCACAUCUCGUUUUCAUAAACUCAAGAGAGGAACAGCAAUGGAUAAAAAAGCAGACAGUGGGGAGAGAUAGCUACUGGAUUGGCCUCACAGACUCUGAGCAUGAAAGUGAGUGGAAAUGGCUGGACGGGAUGCCUGUUGCCUACAAGAACUGGAAAGCUGGGCAGCCAGAUAACUGGGGCAGCAGCCAGGGGCCAGGAGAAGACUGUGCUGGACUGAUUUAUGCCGGGCAGUGGAAUGACUUCCAGUGUGAUGAAAUCAAUAACUUCAUUUGUGAGAAAGAGAGGGAGGCAGGUAAGCAGCCUCAGGCUUACAAUGAAGCUGGAGGGCUCUGA